UAACAUUGUUAGAUGCAUAACUGUCAUCAAAACCAGAAUGCACUCAGAGAGUUGGGUGACCAAAUAGCUGUUCAAUUGAAAUGUAGGUAUCACAAUUGCACACAAUACCUGUCCAGAAUUUUACAAGCAGUGUUUUUAAUUUGAAUAAUUUUUCUGUCAGAAAAUAAAACAGAUUGGCAAUGUUUUUAUUUUUUUUUUUACAAUAUUUUCAUAACUCAUCAGAAUAUCUACUCUGUUGAUACUAACUAUAUAACAACAGUUACUGUAAAAUAGACUGCCAUUUAUAUUGAUAUGAAAAUGACUCUGUAUGUAAAAAAUAUUUGACUGAAUAUUAUGAGUUUAUAUUGACGUCUGCUACAUCAAAAAAGGAAGAAAAACAGUGAUCAGCUUGUACUUGACUUGAUUAUGUAUAUACAUGUGUAAUAAGUACAAACAAGCUAGAACAAUGACCAGUGAGUCAUUUCUACAUAUAGAGGCGUCUAAAUCUGUGAAGUGAUAUCAGUCUUUAUAUUUACUGUGCUUAAUUCAGUCAGUUGUUAUUGUGCUGUUGGGUUGUUUUGUUUUUGUUUUUGUCAUUUCACUGGGUGAAUCAUAUAUCAAGAGGUGAUAAGUUCAUAUCAGUCCUACUUGGAUCAGUUGUUUCUUUGUUCUUGUUAUAGGAGUUCAACUUCUUCAAUAACCUGAGAUAAUUUACGUGGAAAAAUAAAUUUCAUACUCAGAGAAAAUUUGGCAAUUGUUUGCUUAUCAACUUAAAAACUGUAAAGAAAAAAAAAAAACAGGAAAAAAAGUGAAGAUUAAUCUGUCUAUUGUUUUUUUUACAAGGUGGAUACAUUCUGACUUGACAUAAAAUGUAACAUGUACAUGCAUUUAUCGAUACACUCAACUAUAAACUUUGAUAAUAAACCAGGGACAUGAAUGUCCAAGAUUCAGUCAGUAGCUUAUGUAAAUUAUGAUAGCUAGUUUACGGUCAUUGACCUGUGUAUGAGGGCAACAGGUGAUUGUUGGGCCAGAGGACAGAAACAUUUUCCAGAGACGGGGGACAAGAUUUCUGUUUCAGGUCCACCAAAUGAUGAGCUUUAGUGGCCAGUCAAUAACAGUAUGGGUGUUAUCGACAGACCGGUCAACAUCAAACUGAAUUAACAUUGUCUGUCGGACUUUUUAUUAGAACUAUACAUUGAAGAAUUAUAUAUUUAUAAGUGUGUAUAGAAUAACUUGAUUAGGAGGUAAGGGUAUAAGAGAGAGAAAUAUUUUCAAUGGCAAAACAAAUACAUUACAAGCAUUUUUUUGCAUUUGAUACCACGAAUAACUCAAUUACAUGAGGAAGAUUAUUAUGUCAUAUGAACUGAUAAGCUACUUGCAUUUCUAGGUUGAUCUUAGGUAAAUGGGUCACCAUGAGAAUUCAUAGGCCCAUAAAUUUGUGAGGUUCUGCAGAAUUUAAAAUUUGUCAGUAUUGCCAUGUGCAGACAGAGGCAUAAAUUUUAACAUAAUAUGUUGACCAUGAAUAGCAAUUUAUAUAAAAGGUUCAUACCAGAAUCCUGAUUUAACAGUAUUUAAACUUUAGUUUAACUAGUAAGGUAAAGUUAUAUAAUUUGUAGGAUCUCUCCUGGUUGAGAGCCUCACAGUAGUACCAGCACAUGGCAGAGCAUGUGCUGGGAAACUAGGGCUUCUAAAUAUAGACCCUGGUAUCAGCGAGUGUAAAUAUCAAAGCAGGAUUGAUCUAGUUUUCCGAUUUCAACUGAAACCAUGGGAUAGGGGUGACGUUUUUCUAAAAGAAGGGUCUUUUCCAUCCAUAAUAAGUGCUUUGUUAGGAGAUCGAAUAGUUGUUGUGUGAUGGUUGUCCAUGUUAAGGGCAGAACUUGGUGCAGUAUGGGGAAAGGAAAUUGUCUAUCCGGUGAUGAGAAGAUCAUCAAGCAAUUGACAUCUGGUUUACGGAGACAGGAGGAUAAACUGUUACAGCCCGUACAUCAUGUGUGUGGGGGAUGCCACCCAGCCAGCGAGGGGCUGAGGCAGCACGGGUCUCAGGGUAGCCCAGAAACAACGAGGCCCUCUGAUCACAAGGAAUUGGACCACCGUGUGGAGACCAGGCAGCAUAAUGUGUACUCUACACACUCAUCAUUAAUGUCGUUCAUUAGGAGGGGAAAAUUUGACCAAACACAAAUCGAUUACAUUCUGAAGGACAAUAGUCAUGGAUAUACAAAGUAUGCUCAGGAAUGUGAAAGAGCUCCAUAUACUCUAUGUGAAAUCUGUGGCAUAGGAAUAAGCAGUAUUGUGAGAAGAUGUAUAGAAAAGGAGACAGGGCGGGAAUUUGCAGUAAAAAUUAUCGAUAUCAGUGGAGAAAAGUCUGACAUCUAUGAAGCAGACCUCACCAAGAAAGACACAGUCAGAGAAAUCAAUAUUCUCAAAAUGUGCAAUGGCCAUGACAAUAUCAUUGAACUUCAUGAUUCAUUUGAAACACCAACAUUUAUAUUUCUUGUCUUUGAAUUAUGCAAGCAAGGAGAACUGUUUGAUUACCUCACUCAGGUGGUGACCCUGUCAGAGAAACGCACAAGGAUCAUAAUGAAGCAAUUAAUAGAAGCAGUAGAGUUUAUACAUAGUAAAAAUAUAGUGCACAGGGACUUAAAGCCAGAAAAUAUUCUACUAGAUGAUAAUCUGAAUGUCAAAGUCUCAGACUUUGGCUUUGCUACAGUACUAGGUGAAGAUGACGAACUCACAGAACUUUGUGGAACACCAGGCUAUUUGGCUCCAGAAGUGUUGGCGGUUUCUAUGUAUGAUAACGUCCCAGGCUACCGCAUGGAGGUGGAUAUGUGGGCAUGUGGUGUCAUCAUGUAUACCUUGCUGUGUGGUGCUCCUCCUUUUUGGCACCGCAAACAGAUGCAGAUGCUGAGGAUGAUCAUGCAGGCCAACUACACAUUUGGAAGUCCCGAGUGGGACGAUGUCAGCCAAACAGCUAAAGAUCUGAUUUCUAACUUACUGGUGGUUAACCCAAAAGAGAGGCUCUCUGCAAAGCAGGCUUUAGAGUCACCCUUCUUCAAGAGAGAGCUGAAGCCACCAAAGCAAUUUUUCCCAAGGAGGACAUUUAGGGCCCUUGUUAUUUGUGUGAGAUUUUUCCAUAGACUGAAGUUUUUCUAUUACAAUCCACCUCCUAUACCUGUAGAAACUAUAAAAACUAAUCCGUAUGGUGUCAAAAACUUUCGCAAACUCAUCGACAGCUGCACGUUCAAAAUGUACGGACACUGGGUAAAGAAGGGAGACAACCAGAACCGUGCAGCAUUGUUUGAACACGUUCAGAGAGAAGACUGGCGCAAUCAGGUCUCGUUCGAUAAUUCCUGAUGAUAUGUCCCCACUCUAGAUACAUGUGCUUUUAGUGAAAUUCUCUGUGUGCAUCAUGUGAUCAAAAUAUUGUGUUGUUGAGACGGAAAGACUUGACUCCAGGUUGCGUAUAGCGAUGAACAAUUCCUAAAUCUACAGUGUGCUUAAGGUUCCGUGCUUGCCAAGUUUGAUGCUGUUCUGUUGAGAUUUUAGGAUUUUUGAGUUUGUUAUCCGGUAUAUUUUUUUUAACUGUGUCUCCCUGUAAUACAGGGAGUUACAAACUAAUUUAUUAUUGUCGCUGAAGUUUUUCAUUCACACAUUCAUAGCAUUUAUGUGUUUUAAAACUGUGGAAUUGAAUUUUAUGUUUUGUUUUGUCUGUAAGUUAUUUCUCUUAAUGAUUUCUUUUAAACAUUUGUUUUCUUAUUCACACUUGGCACAGAAUUACAUAUAAAAGGUGCUACAAUAUAUGAAAUGUGUCUAUAUAUCUGCAGUGAUUUCUUUAAUUGGACUAUAUAAGCAUACUGUAUACAGGGAAAUAUUUGCCUCCAUUUUAUUUUUGCCCCUUUCGCCCUCAUUUUCAGCGGGCGAAUUUAAGACUGGGCGAAUUCCAAUGUUCCACUUUAUCUCUUUAAUACACCAGCAUGUCUCGGUGAAUUUAAGACAGGGCGAAACCAUUUGCAAGUGUUGAAAGGCGAAAAUAUCCCUGUAUACAUGCAGUAAAGAAAAUUGUUUCAUGUGAUUCAGAUAGAGUUGAUCUCUUGAUAAAUAACGAGAUUGAAGUGCCCAUAAAUACAAGGAUGUAAGGGAAAUCGAAAAGACUCCUUAGCUUUUCAAUGAUAGAGGAAAUAUGUACAUCAAAUAUAUGCAAUACAUUUUCAAAUUUGAAAGAUUCGCAACUUGGUUACAGACAUUAUUUGAGUAAGCAAUUUUAAACAUUUUUUUUUACUUAUACUGGUACAUUGUAUAUUGUCAAUUGUUUUGUCAAUAAGGUCAAAUGUUUUUAAGAUGGCUCUAUGAUCAGUAGAAGUAUUUGAAAAAUAGAUUAUUAUUACUGUCAUAACUCUAAAAAUCUGUAGCAUAUAUAUGAUGGACUGGGUGGGUGGAUAUAAAAACCUUUGAAAUCCUAUAGUGCUCGGUAUAAUUAUUUUUAAGGGUACCUGAUGUCAGGGUGUGUAUUACUUUUGUCCCAGUUAUAUACCAGUUAUGAAAUCCUGGUCAAUUUGUUACAACAAAUAUGAUUAUAUGUAAGACCAAUUUCUCAAUACUGACGAUCCAUUUCUCAAUUUCUCAGAUUUUUCCAAAAUAAAUUAAUGAAUAGACAAUUUAUCAUGAAUGUGUGCGUUCAAUUAUACUCAUAAUUAAUAUCAUUGUAAGAAUUUAAGAAAAUAAUAAGAGAAAGGCGGAAGGGGAGAGGGGGUAGUUGAGUGUGGAUGGAGACAGAUCUGAACAUUUCAUUUCUUUCAAGAUAUUUUUUAAAGGAAUAUCUGAUUUGUGUCUUUGACAAGCACUGGCUGUUUCAUGAUCCUUUUGAUGCUUAGUUCUGUCAUUUAUAGGGAUUUCAAACUAAAAUCACGAUAAACACUGAAUGAUGAUAACUUAUUUUAAUUUUGUAUAUGUACCUAAAGUGCUAUUUGUAUAUACAUCAAUGAUAAUUUCAAUUUUUAUUUAGUUUUAAACAUUCAUUGUAAAGGGAUGUUGUCAAUUUAUUGCGGUAAAAAUUAAGAAACGACCGAGUUUUAUGAACAGUUUAAUGGACAGAUAAGAAUACAAUUUACUGAAGGAAAUUUUGGUGUCUUAUGUGUUGUUUUCUGAUCAUGUUACUGAAAUAAACUGUUAAAUACAGG